AUGGUGGACAUGGGGGGCCUGGACAACCUCAUCGCCAACACGGCCUACCUGCAGGCGCGCAAGAGCCGGGACGCGGACAGCCGCGAGCUGCAGCGGCGCCGCCGCAGCCUGGCCCUGCCCGCGCUGCAGAGUUGCGAGCCGCUGCGCCGGGCGCUGCCCCGCGACUUCCACAGCCUGUGCGAGCUGCAGCCCAUCGGCCGCCGCCUCUUCGGGGCCUUCCUGGCCACCGUGCCCGCCUACGGCGCGGCCGCCGCCUUCCUGGAGGACAUGCAGGCCUGGGAGCUGGCCGAAGAGGCCCCGGACCGCGCGCGCGCGCUGCAGGCGCUGCUGGCCACCUGCGCGGCCAGCCCGCACCCCUUUCUCAGCCCCGCGCUGGCCAGCAGGUGCCAGGCCGCCGGCGCGGACGAGCAGGACGCCCUGGUGGCCCUGGCCAAAGCGGAGGCCCUGGCCUUCCUGCAGGACCGGCCCUUCCAAGAGUUCCUGGGCAGCCCCUUCUACGACAAGUUCCUGCAGUGGAAGGCCUUCGAGCGGCAGCCCGUGUCCGACAAGUACUUCACCGAGUUCCGGGUGCUGGGCAAGGGCGGAUUUGGGGAGGUGUGCGCCGUGCAGGUGAGUCACUCAGGCAAGAUGUACGCGUGUAAGAAGCUGGACAAGAAGCGGCUGAAGAAGAAGAACGGGGAGAAGAUGGCGCUGUCGGAGAAGGAGAUCCUGGAGCGCGUCCGCAGCCCCUUCAUCGUGUCGCUGGCCUAUGCCUUCCAGACCAGGUCCCACCUCUGCCUGGUCAUGAGCCUGAUGAACGGCGGGGACCUCAAGUUCCACAUCUACCACGUGGGCGUGCGGGGCCUGUCUCCGAGCCGCGUGGUCUUCUACUCGGCGCAGAUGGCCUGCGGCCUGCUGCACCUGCACGCCCUGGGCAUCGUCUACCGGGACCUCAAGCCCGAGAACGUCCUCCUGGACGACGCCGGCAACUGCAGGCUGUCCGACCUGGGGCUGGCCGUGCAGGUCCCCGAGGGCAAGGCCAUCACGCAGAGGAUCCAGGUGGCCGCGCAGAUGACCCCUGUCCACCACUAG